AUGUUUUUGCCAAUUUUACAUUCAUUCCUUUGUUCCCUCUCUCUAUACAUUAUAUCUCACCUUUUCUCUCUCUAUCCCUCUUUCUAUCAUUCUUUUCUUGUAUGCUUCUUUUUUUCUUUUCUCUUUUUUCAUUCAUUCCUCUACACCGUCACUCUGCGCCUUUGCUUGUGUGUGUGCGUGAGCGCGCGCGUGACCGUGUUUGUUCUUUUAAUGCCCGUUUUCAUCAUUUUCAUUCGAACUCCAGCUCGCCAGCCUCUAACCAUGAGGCCUCAGCCAUCAUCCCCGCGGCAAAAUAUUGCUACCGAUGCAGACGAUAGUCAGUUCAUAGGGGAACAGCGAUCAAACCCAAAUAGAUCAAAUGAUUCCUUUGUGUAUACUUUUUUCCAUGUCGUAAACAUCAACAGACGAUAUAAGAUACUAGCCUUAGACAGCUACGUGGUAUACAGUGGCUUCCUCCAGUAG